UGAUAUGAGUUGAGUUUAAAGAAAGAAGUAAGAAUCCCUAUAGCCGAUUUCAACUUGUUAGAGACAGAGACACAAUUAUUGUAUGAAAAACAAGACGAAGAUGGGAGACGUGGUAAUAAAUAUGGAUGAUGAAUUAAUUUCUGGUGCCAUAUCUUUGUGUAGAAUUUGCCAUGAACAAGAAUUUGAAAGCUUAAAGAGCUUAGAAACUCCUUGUGCAUGCUCUGGAACUGUCAAGUUCGCGCACAGAGAUUGUAUACAAAGAUGGUGUAAUGAAAAGGGAAAUACAACUUGUGAAAUUUGUUUACAGAAAUUUGAAUCUGGAUUCUAUGUUCCAUCCCCUAAGAAGGUCUACUUGGUUGAUAACACAGCAGUGACAAUUAGAGGAAGCUUGGAAGUUAUAAGAAGAUCAGAAGCAGAACCAGAAUCAUCAGCAGAAGAAGAAGAAGAAGAAAUCUUGGAAAGUCAAUGCUCACAAACUAGGGAUAGAAAUUACUCUUAUUGUCGAACUGCCCUUCUCAUUUUCACAAUUGUACUUCUGAUGAGACAUGUGUUAAUGGUGCUCAAUGGAGGGGCAAAAGAUUAUCCCUUUACACUUCCUACUUUGAUUCUUAUAAAAGCUAGUGGGAUAAUCUUGCCAAUGUACAUUAUAAUCAUGAUGAUCACAAAAAUUCAGAACGCCAACGAGGGUUGUAGUAGAGUGGAUUCAGAAGACAUUAUAUCGAACGCUGACGAGGACAACUAAAAAGACGAUCGAGCAUCUAAUUGCAUAUCUUCUCUAAACUGUAAAUUUUAUUCAAGACUUAUACCCGGUGUAUAUACCAAAUUAUGCAAAUUAAUUAUAGCAAUCAAAAAUUAAAGUGAAUAUACAUAUUACUUCCAUGAUAACAUGUUGAAAGGAUUAUAUGCAAGAUACUUGUUUUGUAUUCAUUGGUUUGAUACAUUGGAUAAAUUUGUA